AUGCAACAAGAGUCGGAAACCAUGGAAGGCCUGGCAGACUCGGUCACCAUUGACAUGAGUGCGCCCGAAAGGGACCCACUGGCCCUCGACUUCGUCCACAACAGUCCGUCAUGUGAUCCCCUGCAUGAUUCGAUUACGGAGGUCGUAGUUGGUCUUGGUCAAGGAAGAGAGUCGGUCCGCGAAGAAACCACAGCACAGUCCCCCACCAGGCCUGACGCAGCUGUCCCCCCCCAAACCAAGCGACGACUAUUCCAGGACAAGAAGCCAAGCGAAGAGGAGGGCCAGGAACAAGAGUCAGAACAGUCUGACGAAUACUCCGGCAGUGAGUACGUUCAAGAAGAAGAAGACAGCCAGUCCGGUGCGUCGACUUCGAGCCACACAGACAGUGAGCGUCAGAAGCGACCUCUCCAACCACCUCCAGCUUCGGACAGUCCAGAGAUGGCAGACGCUCGUAUGGAGCCGGCAGAGGACGACGAACUUGCUGCGCAAGUGGCAGCUCUGAGGACGAGGAACGCUGCGUUGGCAGCGGCCAAGUUGGAACUCGUGCAGCGGGUAGCCUCCCUAGAAGCAAAGAAGGCCCGUCUCAUGGAGGAGAACCAAACGUUGCGUGACGAAGCGGCUGUCAACGAUCAAAGAGUGGCUCACCUCAAGAAGGCUCGGAGGGAAUUCAAGCACCAGAACCUCGAGACGGUCCACUCUCUCCAACAGGCGGUCGCUGAGCCUGGAACCAGCAAGCACACAGAGGCCACUUACUGGACCAACAUGAACGCUGUCGGCCAACGACUCAGCGAGCACGGUUGGCAGAAGGUUCUGCUGAAUGACCCCAACCUACCAAAAAAGGUUCCAUCGUGUGUCACUUCAAAGAAGGGCAACAUCGGCAUCGAGCAGGACGACAUCGAUGAGUGCUACGAGGAUGGCAGCGGAUCCUUGUACUCGGUGAUGCGGCACGUGGCAAUCAACCUCUUCAGGAUCGAGAACCUCCUGUAUUUCAGCUACGGAGGCACCAGGAGCACAAGGCGGCAAAAGGCAACCAUGGCACUUCCCAAAGAGCUGAAGAAUGAGUUUCUCGACCUGGCCGGAAAAAUCAUUGCCAACACCAAGUACAAGUGGUACAUCAGGUCGAAAGAGGUCACCAUCAAGGAAAUCGACAUCAAGCGCAUUGCCAAGAAAGCGCUCAUCAAUCUGAUGACGGAGCGGCGCCCAAAGUUCAAACCUACCAAAGAAGACACAAGUUCCUCAGAGUCCGAAGACGAUUCGGAUUAAUUUCCAUGUCCGAUACUGAUUGGCAGCUACCUUCAGUUACAUUUUGCAUUGUAAUUAUUUUCAUAUGCGUGAUACACUGCUUGUUACCACAAAUAAAUUAACCAUUC